UCAUCUUUCAUUCAUUUGUGUAACGCUAAAGGGGCGUCUUCUCUCAGCUGUGGGGGACUGCAGAAACCGGAUCACUACAGUGGGUUUGACGGGUGAAAGGCACUCAAGUACGGUUGCUACUCUGAAGAAUGGACAUCAGGCCUAAUUACUUCUUACAAUGGAGAAAUAAGACAUAUGUCUAUCUGUGGACCUACAGGCAGUUCCAGCAGGAGCAGGUUGAAUGGGAUGAUGUGAAUAAACUCCUCCAGCAUCAUGGUUUUAAGCCAGUCCAUUUCACAGAUCCUGUAGAGAACAAGAACCUUUCAGAUUUGGUUCUGCUGGACAAGAGGUCAGCUGGGGAGAUCAGGACCACUCUGAGGACCAUGCUCACAGACUCUGAGAGGAGACAAGCUCUCAUCCAGGAGCUUGUCAAGUCCAACAACCAACUCAAAGAGGAGGUUCAGGAGCACAUGAGUCGAGCGGCUCUUCAGUCUCAACGGGCCACAGAGCUUGAGGGGCUGCUGGAAGGUGUGAAGACCAGAGUCCAGGACCUGGAGGACCGCUACCUCUGCAAGGCUGUCCAGCAUCGCAGCCAGACACAGCAACUUCAGCAGGAAAAACAAGAAGCACAAAAACUGUGUGAGGUUCUGGAGCAGAAGCUGUUGAGGCAGAAGGAGAAAGAAGCUGAACUUCAGAGGAAGCUUUAUUUUACCGUCAAAGAAGAAGAGCGUCACUUAGCUCACCGGAGUCAGACUUUCCAGCACAUCUGUAAGAGAGUCAGCCAAGACAGCUCUGCAGCAGACCAGCAGGUCCUGGAUGUGAUUGACUUCUAUGAGACCGAAAUGUCUCGGCUGCUGGAUGAGCUCAGGUCAGCUAAAGGAGAAUUAUCAGGACCUCAUCAAAACCAAAUGAAGAAGACAUCUAGCAGUAUUACACAAUCUUUCCAAACCAUCCUCAAGGCAUAUCGGGACCAGCAGAAGGAAAGCAAAAGUCAAAUCGAAGAGCUAAAGCGGGAAGCUGAGCGCCUGAAGCAGGAACUGGAAACAAGGCCGACGCUCAAAGAAGUGAAGUUCUACAAACACAAACUGCGUCGCUUGGAAGGAUUAAUCAAACCCAAUAACACAAGUACCAACCAUCUUUGCAGACUACCUAAAGAAGACAACGCAACUGCAGUUCAUGAGCACAUCAGUGAUCGAGCCAGGGAAGCCGGUUUAUGUGCCCGCUAUCACCAUCUGUUAACCGAGAUCAGCACAGUUGUGGCUAAUGCCAGCGCUCCAUCAUGUCUGCACAGACACGAACCAUCCUCUGUUGGUUUAGAGCUGUCGGAGUUUCGUAGUCUGCUCCCAACGCUGGAGGUCUGGGCCCAGCAGCUCCACCUGCUUAAGGAGCUGCAGCGAGGUCUAACUAAACUGAUUGCCAGACUGGUUCUGUGGCAGCCGUCCGAGGGCCAUGAUUCUGCAGAUGCUCUGAAGGUGGAGGACAUGAUAAUGUUGGUGGACACCAUGCUUGAAAGCACCUCUUCUGAUGAUGACAAGGUGUCGAGGACUCCCACGCGAUACACUCUGGCGUCCAUGGUGUCACACUUCCAAAAGCUGUUUGACGUGACCUCCCUCAGCGGUGUCUAUCCGCGUAUGAACCAGAUCUACACCAGGCUGGGAGAGAUGACCAACACCAUGAGGAACAUCCGAGAGAUUCUGGACUUAGACAGCAGUGUUCCUCCGGCUGAGGUGGUGAACCAGGUGGCCAGACUGGUCUCGUCCAAAGGACAAACUGCUGGGUUCCACAAGCUGCUGAGAGACGCGGACAUUGAAAGUCUCAUCGUCAAAGUGAAGCAGCACGAGGAGUUUUUUCCCGCUUUCCAUGGCCUCAUUAUGGACAUGUUCCAGAUUCUGGGAGUCAGCACUCUAGACAACAUCCUCCCAGCUCUGAAGUCUUUGAAACAAACGGCACAGUGACACGCUUUUUCGACUGACCUGAGACCUGUGUUUAGUGAAUGAUGAUGGAUGUGAAGUGUGAGUGUUGUUUUAAUAAAAAAAAAAGUCACCUUGCAAACCCUGAUCUGUGGUGUGAGUCUAAUACCAAUGAUGCUAACUGAAUGGGAACCAAUGGACAAAACUACUGUAGAUACAUGGAGAGAUACUACUGGACUAAUAGGGACUCUGUGUUGUACUUGUAGUUAUCCUUUUGAUGGCAUAAACAUAAUCCCAGUGAAUCGCAUGCCUGCCAGAGUUCUGUGAAGGACUGCAGGGGUUUUCUGUAUCACAUCACCACAUAUCAACCACAUAGUGAAUUAAAGCAGUUUC